GACCCCUCCCCACAAUAUCAGUCAAUCUCCUCCCAGAUUCCAGAGUUCAUCCUCACUCCACUUCUUGAAGACAUCCUACGUAUCCCUACUUCCGCUUCCUUGUGCUGUGUACUAGACGCGCUCCUUCAAAAUGGCCGACUUCACCAGUGUCGCUCGUACGUGGUACCAUUUUCUUCAUGCUUCUCGUGUCGCUACAGCGCGACAGUCCUGAUGACAACUCAGAGAUUUGGGGGAUUUUCUGACCUAGUCGGCGGUCACAGAGCAGUUCGUUCAGUUUUACUAUCAGACCUUCGACUCGAAUCGCGCGGGACUUGCAGGACUUUACCGCGAUCAGUCUAUGCUCACUUUUGAGACUUCAUCAGUUCAGGGCGUUGCUGGUAUCGUUGAGAAGCUGACGGUUAGUUGAGAUGGAUACCCUGGAUUUCCAUGGGGGUUGAUUUUGAUGGGAUGCUUACCAUAAGCUUUUGGCAGAACCUUCCCUUCCAGAAGGUUGUACAUCAGGUUGCGACCUUUGAUGCCCAGCCUUCUAGCGAUGCAGGUGGUAUCCUUGUCAUGGUCACUGGUGCUCUUCUGGUUGAUGAUGAGCAAAAGCCCAUGAGCUACACUCAGUCCUUCCAACUCCUCCCCGAUGGUCAGGGAAGCUACUUCGUCUUCAACGACAUCUUCCGGUUGAUUUACUCUGCAGCAUGAGCUUGCAAGGGCAACGAGAUUGUUGGCUAUUCGAGGUAGGGGGAUAACGGGCCACUUUGGAUCAACAGGGUCGGUGUCGGGGAGAAUACACGGACGUCUGCUGCACCGAGGGAACUUUCCCGCUAUGGAUACCUGGUCUGCCCGCGCGAGCGUGGCUUUGUUGAUUCAGUGGAUAUAACUAAUACUAUAUUUCACGGUUCUUCUCUGAGUCUAGAAGGCUUAGGUGGGAAAAUGUGGACGUCUUCGAUAGCAGCCGCGCGUCUUCUAGGCCGGUAGUGCUGUACGAUCGUGCUGCCCGAAGCUCGUCAUGAUCGCUGAAACCAGUGCAAUGUAAGAAUAACAAGGCGUCUGUGUUGAUAUUAAGUAGCUCCACCUUCAGGCGCCAGAAUUAUCAUAGAACAGCCCCGGAGUAGCCUGCCGUUGUUUAUAGAUGCAACACGCGUUUAAGCCACCUUCGCCGUUUCAAGUUUACCUAGG